CAGAUGGCGUAUUCGAGCGUUGCGAUCUUGAAUUUUUACUGCAUUUUUUUCCCCCUUUCAAAGAAAAAAAAAGAGCUCAACCGGACUUUCAACGAACUUUUCUUUUUUAGAAGAAAAAAAAGGGGGGAUAUUUUUAAAGUAGAAGUUAAAGUGGUUUUUUCGGCAUCACUAUAAUUAUCAUUCGUAACUGUUAACUGUAAGAAAGAGCCGGCCCGGGAAAUAAACUUAUAAUUUUAUGAUUGGCAGCAGCAGGAGUCUAGUUGCAGUGUCUUUGCGCUUAUAGGAUUCAGCUUUCCCUGCAUUUUGGUUUGUUACCCGCUAUUGGGCAAUAACAUUAUACUGUUUCAAUAUUGUUUCUUUUAAUAAAACAAAUCUAGUCGGACGACCGCAACAGAAUCUGUUCUUCUAGCGUUUUUCUUUUCUCUAAAUUUACAAAAUAUCUUGAAAUGGCUGAUCAGGUUCAAAAACCUGAAGGUGAUGGUGGCUCUGAAUAUAUUAAGCUUAAAGUUGUGGGACAGGAUUCUAAUGAAAUUCACUUUAGAGUGAAAAUGACAACACAGAUGGGCAAGCUGAAAAAAUCAUACAGUGAUAGACAGGGUGUGCCAGUUACCUCUCUCCGCUUUUUAUUUGAUGGGCGAAGAAUUAAUGAUGAUGAAACACCAAAGCAGUUGGAAAUGGAAAAUGACGAUGUAAUUGAAGUAUAUCAGGAACAAACUGGCGGGAAGAUGUAAGUUGCAGACUGAAAUUAAAAGCUGCAUUCUUUUGUAUGUAAUCAUCUUGUGUAAUCAUGAAUGAACUGUCACUUAUUGUUUUUAGAGCAUUGGUCAUCAAUUUCAUAUUCACUUUGUUUUUUGCUUUGGUUAUGUCAUACGCAAAGAAAAAAAUAACUUUUUCCAUCUUUGCUAUUCUUUACUGUUUUAAACUUAUAUUUAAAAAAAAAGAAAGAAAUUUAGUGUUUUCAUUAAUUCCUAACGAGACAAGCUAUAAAAGUUGUAGUGUCAGUGAAGUUCCAGUUAUCUUUGUAAACUAUAUAAAUGAUCUGUGCUUAAUUAAAAUUUCAUUUUAAAGCUGAAAAUAAAGUCUUCAUUCUAA